GUUGGAUUCACUGAGCUGCGCCAGGAGACUCCAGGUUUCAGGAUGUCCACGAAGAUCUGCGACGAGGAGCUGGAGGAGAUCCGGGAGACUUUCCAGAAUGCUGAUAAGGACAACAGCGGCUACAUCUGUGUGUCGGAGCUCAGCAGCCUGCUGCAGGAGCUCAACUGUCCGCUGCCGGGCUACAAGCUGAGGAAGCUGCUCCAGACGCUGGACAAGGACAAGGACAGCCGGAUCAGCUUCCAAGAGUUCACGGCUAUCCUGAGCGACCUGAAGGACGACGAGCUGGCCCAGCAGUUCAAGAAAGCCCUGAACAAGAGGGAAGGCAUCGUGAACCUGGGAGGAACCAGCGAGAUCUCCAGUGAAGGAACCCAGCACUCCAUCUCGGAGCAGGAGCGCAUUGCGUUCGCCAACUACAUCAACUCCAAGCUGCUGUCGGAUCCGGACUGCGCCGACGUUCUGCCCAUCGAUCCCAACACGGAGCAGCUGUUCAAGGCUGUGGAGAACGGCAUCCUGCUCUGUAAACUCAUCAACCUCUCGGUUCCCGACACCAUCGACGAGCGGACCAUCAACAAGAAGAAGCUGACUCACUUCACCAUCCAGGAGAACCUCAACCUGGCGCUGAACUCGGCGUCGGCCAUCGGCUGUCAGGUCGUCAACAUCGGCGCGCUGGACCUGAAGGAGGGCAAGGCCCACCUGGUGCUGGGCCUGCUCUGGCAGAUCAUCAAGAUCGGCCUGUUCGCCGACAUCGAGCUGAGCCGCAACGAAGCCAUCGCGGCGCUGCUGGAGGACGGGGAGAGCCUGGAGGAGCUGAUGAAGCUCAGUCCUGAGGAGCUGCUGCUGCGCUGGGCCAACUUCCACCUCAAGAAGGUCAACAUGUCCAUAUCCAACUUCUCCGGAGACAUCAAGGACUCGCUGGCCUACUUCCACCUGCUGGAGCAGAUUGCGCCGGACGACUGCCCCGUCGACACGAGCGGCCAAUACGAGGCGGACCUGAGCCGGCGGGCCGAGCUGAUGCUGGGCCAGGCCGAGCGCCUGGACUGCCGGCAGUUCGUCACCGCCACCGACGUGGUGUCGGGAAACUCCAAGCUCAACAUGGCCUUCGUGGCCACGCUCUUCAACAAGCACCCGGCCCUCGCCAAGCCCGAGAACCAGAACUGGACCCCCGCCAGUGAGACCCGAGAGGAGAGGACCUUCAGGAACUGGAUGAACUCUCUGGGAGUCAGUCCACACGUUCACCACAUCUACGGUGACCUGAUAGACGCCAUAGUGAUCCUGCAGCUCUAUGAGAAGACUAAAGUUGACGUGGACUGGGACAACAGAGUGAACCUUCCUCCGUUCAAGGGGAUCGGGGGAGGACACCUGAAAAAGAUCGAGAACUGUAACUACGCGGUGGAGCUGGGGAAGGACAAGGCGGGCUUCUCUCUGGUGGGAAUCGCCGGACAGGACCUGUACGACGCCAACGAGACCCUGACCCUGGCGCUGGUGUGGCAGCUGAUGAGGAGGUACACCCUGAAAAUCCUGGAGGACCUCGGAGACAAAGACGGAGAAGCUGUGGGAGACGACCUGAUCGUCACGUGGGUCAACGACACUCUGGCCCAAGCUGGAAAAACCUCCUCCAUCAAGAGCUUCAAGGAUAAAUCCAUCGGCACGAGCAUCCCGGUCCUGGACCUGAUCGACGCCAUCCAGCCCAACAGCGUCAACUUUGACCUGGUGAAGAAAGACGUUCAGUCGGACGAGGAGAAACUGGACAACGCGAAGUACGCCAUCUCCAUGGCGAGGAAGAUCGGGGCCAAGGUGUACGCCCUGCCGGAGGACCUGGUGGAGGUCAACACCAAGAUGGUGAUGACCAUCUUCGCCUGCCUGAUGGGCCGGGGCAUGAAGAGGGCGUAGGGGGCGGAGGGCCCCCCCCGGCUGGACAUGAACUCGCAGCGCUCAGCAGGACCCCGGAGCCGUCCGUCUCCUCUGCCUUUACCCAGAAAGCCUCCCGCCCGGCGCCGUGCACGUGUCUCCGUUCAGCCUGCCGGUAGAUUCUGCAUCUGCUGUACUGAAGCCUUAAUCAUCUCCUGCUCGGAGCCUUUGGGUCUUUUUUAUACUCGUAACCAAACUGUAAAACUGUCGCUGCGUGCAGAAGUCAAAGUCGACCAAACCAUGUAUAGAAUGACGGCGUUCUCUGCAGACAUGCUUGUAAUUUGACCCCAGCAUCGGCGUCCUGUUGGGUGCUGGGGAUCCUGGAGCUGAAGAUGUCCGAGGCUCAUGAACGUGUUGAAUCAGCUCCCCUCAGAAACCUGCGUUGAAACGUUUUCCCAUGAUUCAUUCUAACGCCGUCCAUCUGGGGGCGCUGUACCGCCCUGCUCUGCUCACCGCAGUAAGACGGCAGAGCAUCAUGAGUUCUGCAGCUGAAGAUGUUGAAAUGUUUGUUUUCCUGCUGCCCCCCCAGUCAGACGAGCAGAACUUCCACAUUUGAGUGUGUCCAAUCAACUGAUCAAUAAAAACAUUUUCC